CCACCACAUAAAAAGCCAGCGCCACCGGGCACUCCUCUUCCCCACCGCACCACCACCCCCACCUCCUCCAGCCACUUCCCCCAACCCGUCCCUCCGGCUCCUCCGCCAUUUUUUCCCUGUCGCGGUAAGCGAUAGGGUUCGGCCUCCGUCCUCUAAAUCCGCCCUCGGAUCCAGUGCUGCUGCUGCUUCUCUUCCUCUUCUUCGUUUCGCUUCUAGCUUCCGGCGUUCUCGGAGCAAAGCUUCGGCUUCGUCGACGGCGUUCUUGGUCUUUUGCGGCUUGACAUGUCUUCGUUCCAGGGAUACAGAGGCGAUGCGGUUCUCGCCGGCGUCCGGUCGCGGAAGCGCGUGUUCGCGACGGCGGCCGCUGAGCCCGUGACGGCAGCGGCGCCCAAGAGGCAGAAGCGCAGGGAUGAGCCGUCCCUGGACGCGCUGCCGGACGAGUGCCUCUUCGAGGUCCUGCGCCGCGUGCAGGGCGCCCGCGCGCGCUGCGCGUCGGCCUGCGUCUCCCGCCGCUGGCUCGCGCUCCUCGCCGGCAUCCGCGCCUCCGAGGCCGUGCUGGCCCCGGCUGCCCCCGCCGUGCCGGACCUCAACCAGGAGUACCUCAGCGAGGACGACGAGGCCGAUCUGAUGGACCUCGACGGCGACGUCCGCGAGAGGACGCUCGAGGGCAAGGAGGCCACGGACGCGCGCCUCACGGCGGCGGCCGUCGCCGGCCGUCUGGCUGCCGUUUCCGUCCGCGGGAGCCACCCGGCGCGUGGCGUCACCGACGCCGGCGUCUCCGCUCUCGCCCGUGGCUGCCCGGAGCUCCGCUCCCUUGCCCUGUGGGAUGUUCCGCAGGUGACGGACGCCGGGCUCGCCGAGAUCGCCGCCGAGUGCCACUCGCUGGAGCGGCUUGACAUCACUGGCUGCCCUAUGAUCACGGACAAGGGCCUCAUCGCCGUCGCUCAGGGCUGCCCGGAACUGAAGUCUCUCACCAUCGAGGCAUGCUCUGGUGUGGCUAACGAGGGUCUCAAGGCAAUUGGCCGGUGCUGCGCCAAGCUACAGGCAGUUAGCAUCAAGAAUUGCGCACAUGUGGAUGACCAGGGUGUGUCUGGCCUCGUCUGCUCUGCGACCGCCUCGUUGGCAAAGGUCCGUCUUCAGGGUUUGAACAUUACUGAUGCUUCUCUUGCCGUGAUUGGGUACUACGGGAAGGCAAUCAAAGAUCUGACCCUCGCUCGCCUCCCUGCUGUUGGUGAGAGGGGAUUUUGGGUGAUGGCCAAUGCCCUGGGCCUGCAGAAGCUCAGGUGUAUGACUGUCAUCUCCUGCCCGGGACUUACGGAUCUUGCUCUUGCAUCUGUCGCCAAGUUCAGCCCAAGUUUGAAGCUUGUUAACCUCAAGAAGUGCAGCAAGGUCUCAGAUGGAUGUCUCAAGGAUUUUGCAGAAUCAUCUAAGGUCCUGGAGAAUUUGCAGAUCGAGGAAUGCAGCAAGGUUACUCUUAUGGGCAUUCUUGCUUUCCUCCCCAACUGCAGCCCAAAGUUUAAGGCUCUCUCUUUGUCCAAGUGCAUCGGGAUCAAGGACAUCUGCUCCGCACCUGCACAGCUUCCAGUAUGCAAAUCGCUUCGGUCCCUCACCAUCAAGGAUUGCCCAGGCUUCACAGAUGCCAGCUUGGCUGUGGUGGGCAUGAUCUGCCCUCAGUUGGAGAAUGUCAAUUUGAGUGGUCUUGGUGCAGUUACCGACAAUGGCUUCCUUCCAUUGUUGAAGAGUUCAGAGAGUGGGCUUGUCAAUGUUGAUCUGAAUGGCUGUGAAAAUCUUACGGAUGCAGCUGUUUCUGCCUUGGUGAAGGCCCAUGGUGCUUCUCUUGCACACCUUAGCCUUGAGGGAUGCAGCAAGAUUACUGAUGCAAGCCUGUUUGCCAUCUCUGAGAGCUGCAGCCAGCUUGCCGAGCUUGAUCUUUCAAAUUGCAUGGUCAGUGACUAUGGUGUUGCAGUCUUGGCAGCGGCAAAGCAGCUCAAGCUGCGUAUCCUCUCACUGUCUGGCUGUAUGAAGGUCACCCAGAAGAGUGUUCCUUUCUUGGGCAGCAUGUCUUCAUCCUUGGAGGGACUCAAUCUCCAGUUCAACUUCAUCGGCAACCGCAACAUCGCUUCCUUGGAGAAGCAGCUCUGGCGGUGCGACAUCCUUGCUUAAGAGGAACAAGGCGAUUAGUUGCUGGAGAUGCUGGGUCAACCUUCUCCAGAUGCAAAUAUACGACCGUAGCGGUAGUACUUGAGUCUAAGCUUUGUAGUUGAGUCUGGUUUCCGGCUCGUGUUUGUGUCAUGGUGGGUCUCCUGUUUGUCUUAGGGUCGGUUGUUUUCCUAGGGGGUGUUUUUGCCGAGGCUCGUUUUUUGCAGGUAUCCUCCUGUGAGGAUCUCUGUUCGUUGAGCCUUUGGCAGCCAUUACCAUGGCACCCUGCCCCCUCCAUCCCAACCUAAGCCCUUGUGAUCAGCCAUUCCACCAUGCAGUUUCUCAAGUUGUGUUUGAAGCUCAAGUAUUCGUCAAGUGUGUGUUCUUUUCCAGUACUCCUGGUUAUAGAGUUGCAGACAUCAACACUCUUCUGAUUGCAAUUGUAGCAAGUCCAAUUGUCGGUGUCGCUGUCCGGAGAAACUUAGCUCCAUGUCUUGAUGUUUGGGUGUCUGCAAUCUCGCCGAGUGCAGUGUGUUGUUGGUCAUGUUGCUAUUUUACAGUGUCGGUAGGGUUUGCCUAUGUACUUGGGGAUCUGGCCUUUGCAAGGUUCAUUCUACGGAGCCUUUGCCUUGACAACCCUGCGAGGUUGUUUUUCUUCUCCAGAGACCUGAUUUUGCAGGCAGGUGGUUUGAACACUGUAAUAUUUGCAACAUUCUUCUGAAGAUAAAUAAAGAUUGUGUUUCGUUCUGAA